AAUGUAGUGUACAAUAGAGUUAACGGUUGUUUGAUUAUCCAGGGCGGACCCCCUUGUUUUUCAGCCGGGAAGAUAUAGUUUUUUUUUAGCAUCCCCACUUCUAGUCAUACUCAUCGACUAGAAUUAAAUUGAAACAUGGAGAACUGAGAAGUGAAAAUAAUUUGCAGCGCUCUAUUUUGUCCUGCACGUCCGCUGCUGCCCGACAAGGAUGAGGGACCAUCAAGCUAUUGACAGCUUGCUCUUGAAAGAGCUGAAGUCAUGUUGUGCAAAAGAGUACAACUUUGCACCCAGAGUGACAGGGCUGAAACUGAUGGAGUCUGCAUCUACAGAGAACCAUGGUGGAGUAUCUGCAAAAUGCAGAGACAACAAAGUGGAGGAACUGUGGGGCCUGACCAGCUUCUUUGGAUACAGCGCCCAAACUUUUGUCCAAGCAGUCAGUUUGCUUGACAGAUUCCUCGCCAUUAUGAAGGUGCAGCCCAAACAUUUGCCCUGUAUUGGAGUCUGCUGUCUUCACAUUGCUUCCAAAAUGGUCGAGCAAGAGAGCAAUGUCUCACCCAUGCAUGAACUUAUUCGCAUCAGCCAAAGCAAGUUCACGGUGUCAGACCUGUGUCGUAUGGAGAAGAUCAUCUCAGAGAAGCUCCGUGUGGAGACCAAAGCAGUGACAGCCUUCACCUUUCUUCACCUCUACUACUCAGCCUUCACAUCCCUGUCGGCUGGAAGGGAGGAGAUUCCAAGCAUUGGGAGACUGGAAGCCCAGCUAAAAGCCUGUUUAUGCCGGCUUGUUUUCUCGAAAGCAAAACCAUCUGUGCUGGCACUCUCGCUCAUUGCUCAGGAGUUUGAAGUCCUGCGACCCAUCACCCCACUGAAGAUUGUCCAGCAAUUCCAAAGACAUCUGAAGAUCAAUGACAGUGAGUUGCACCACUGGAAAGAACUUGUUGCCGAGUGCAUGAGUGAGUACCAUUCAAGCGAAUGUAACAAACCAGACAACAAAAAGCUGGUUUGGAUUGUGUCGAGGAGAACGGCCCAGAAUCUGCAGGCCAAUCACUUCAGUGUGCCUGGUCUGCCAACUAUUCCUGAGGGAGGCUGGGAUGAGAGUGAAUGUGAGGACUCCUGCGGGGACAUGAGCUGUGGAGAAGACAGCCCCUGUGGCUCUCCAGGAAGUGAUGGCGAAGGAGCCUUCUUCCCCUCCAACUUUCCCAAAUGUAGAAAAUGAGUCCUUAGUGUGCAGUAGUGCUGGUGUGUGAUGUGUUUGUUGCUGCCUUCAAAUGUGGUUGUGUGUACCUGGUCUAAAAGAAUGCUCAAUGACAUUGAACAACAUCAUAGCUCUGAAUUUUCACGAUAUGUGACAUGAUUGUCACCAGUUUUCAUAAUGGCAGAGGCCAUGAAAGGUCUUUGUUUUAUUGGAUUUUCUGUUUAAAGGAAAAUAUUGUACUAUUAUAGUCAUAUUGAUUUUUUUCCACAAUUUUUCCUCUGUGGCUAUUAGACAUUGCCUUCUAGCCGGUAGUCUCACGACUUAACCACCUGAAUACGAAGCACGCACACCUUCCCACAACAUGACCACAAGCUCACAGAUUCUAUUCGAAGGCAGCUCAUGACCUGAAUCGUUGCUGAUGUCAAGUUGUUACUUUCAUUUGUCAUAUAUGAAAUAUGUGUGGAAGGUUGUCUAGAUUUAGUUGAAUUUCUUUUGUUUGUUUGUUUGUUUUUAUGAAAGAGCGUAUCCAAAUAAUGCAAAAUGGAAAUGUGCAAUAUCUUGGCAGCUUAAUGUCAACACAUCUUAAGUUUGUUUGUGUCCAGACUCGACACAUUCUGGGAAAAAAGUGAAGCACAAAGAGGAAAGAUGUCAUUCAUGACCGUUAAAUACUAGCUUUCACACUAGCACAUCACCAGUCAUUUU